AUGUGGCGGCCACUUGAUACUACACUUCAGCUCAGUGUGAAGUUUCGAAACAUCAGCACAUCAAAUACACCUUUGUACUUUCGACAAAAAGUUGCUUACAAAACGCGGUAUCACUGGAUGUUAGAUCUACAAAAAAGCCGGCAGCGAGCUAGGUUCCCGUGGAUUCCAAGGGAGCCCACUACCUACGUAGAUAUUGAUGGACAGAAAGUAGAAUUUCCCGAAAUGAGACUUGAGUUUAUCGUGCCCAAAGACCUAGACAGUUGCGAUUUGAAGCCUUACGUGGACUGGCGAGCGGACACUCCCAUCGAAGAGGCUUUGACGGCUGAAAGGCUAUUUGAAAAGAAAUAUAUUCCAACAUUGCAAAAGAUGGUGGGAAAAGGAAUGGAAAAAAGCGAAAUAAUUAAAAAGAUAAUGUCAUAGUCUUCGUUUGUUGUACAAUGAAAAAGUGUUGAUGUAUCGUAUGUAUUCAGAAGAGGCUUCUUUCAUGUAGAUCCAUUUGAACUUUAGCCGAUUUGUAAUCCGCUCGCAAUUGAAUGAAGUUAUGCAAUAUUUCAGAGGGUAUACCUGACUGUAAAUAAUCUUGGAUCACUUGUUUCACGUUCUCCGGCUUGAUCAGCAUGAGAUUGACCAGUUUUAGAAGAAUAUCAA